GGCCCCGUCUUCCUCACGAGAAAAAAUAUUCCCCAAUCCCUCGCCAGUUGCGUCUUUGCGAGCUCUCUCUCACACAUCGAGCGUCGGAAAUGUCGGGCCGCGGCAAGGGAGGCAAGGGGCUGGGCAAGGGCGGCGCCAAGAGGCACAGGAAGGUGCUCCGGGACAACAUCCAGGGGAUCACGAAGCCGGCGAUCCGGAGGCUGGCGCGGAGGGGCGGCGUGAAGCGCAUCUCCGGGCUCAUCUACGAGGAGACCCGCGGCGUGCUCAAGAUCUUCCUCGAGAACGUCAUCCGCGACGCCGUCACCUACACCGAGCACGCGCGCCGCAAGACCGUCACCGCCAUGGACGUCGUCUACGCGCUCAAGCGCCAGGGCCGCACCCUCUACGGCUUCGGCGGCUGAUCCCCUCCCGUUCUGGUCGUCAUAUGCUUCGGAUUCUUAGGGUUUAUUUCGGCUGUGUGUGGUGUUUGGGGAUCGAUGGCUUGUACUCUGGGAUGGAAUUUAUGGCAUAUGAAUGAAAGGAUCUGGUGUUGAUGGAUAACAAU